AUGCAUUUCUCGAGCCAGUGUCAGUUCAAGGAUCACAAAUGUCGUGACUGCGGUAAAAUUGGUCAUCGCGAAGGCUAUUGUGCCUGUUUUACUGCGAAGAAUCGGCAGAAAUCAUCCACAUUCAACAUCAAGAAGCAGCAGCAUUCAUGUAAGAGUGUUUUCGUCGGUAACUUAGAUUCGGGAUCAGAUAUAACCAUUAUCUCUCGUGAAAACUGGAAAAAAGUGGGAUGUCCAGCAACAAAUCCGGCAGACUGCGUAGCUAAAACGGCUUCCGGUGGCAAGCUGAACAUUUCGGAUAUGUUUUCGGCUACUAUCAGCAUCGGUGGCAUAGUUAAAACGUGCAAAAUUUACAUGUGUGGUACUAACCUCAACCUUAACGUGUUGGGUUCCGAUGCAAUGGAUAAAUUCGGUCUGUGGGAUGUACCAUUAUCAUCAAUCUGUAGUUUGGUACAUAGUAGUGAUUUCGAUGAUGAUGUUGCCGAUUUGAAGGCUCGUUUUCCAAAUGUUUUUAGUAACACUAUGGGCCUCUGUAAGAAAACGCAGGUGCAUCUUACACUCAAACCAGAUACACAGCUUGUGUUCAAGCCGAAGCGCCCAGUGGCCUAUAGUGUAGAAGCGUUAGUGAAAGAGGAACUUCGCAGACUUGAAGGCUUGGGUAUAAUCACACCGAUUACGUAUGCCGAUUGGGCGGCUCCAAUCGUCGUGGUUCGAAGACCGAAUCGCUCAGUGCGAAUCUGUGCAGACUUUUCAACGGGUCUCAAUAAUGCUUUGAAGCCAAAUAGUCAUCCACUACAACUUUCUGAAGACAUUUUCGCACGCAUGGCAAAUUGCACAAUCUUUGGGCAUAUCGAUCUGUCCGAUGCAUACCUUCAGGUAGAGGUAGACGAUGAAAGCCGAAAAUUGCUUGUCAUCAAUACACACAAAGGACUCUACCGUUUCAAUCGUCUUUCACCCGGCAUUCGUACAGCGCCGGGCGAAUUUCAACAAAUCAUGGAUGCCAUACUCAGUGGAAUUGAAUACGCCUGUCCGUAUCUUGAUGAUAUCCUAGUGGGAGGCAGAACGAGAGCAGAACUGAAACUUAAUUUGCAGCAAGUAUUAGGACGUCUGCAAGAGUACGGAUUUACCGUUAGAAUUGAAAAGUGUAGUUUUUUCAUGAGUCAGGUGAAAUAUCUGGGUCAAUUAAUGGAUCGCGAGGGUAUUCGUCCAGAUCCAGAGAAAAUCGCCGCCAUCAUCAGCAUGCCUGCACCACACGAUGUCCCUACGCUUAGGUCCUAUUUAGGAGCUGUGAAUUAUUACGGGAAAUACAUAAGGGAAAUGAGGAAUCUUCGGCAACCUUUGGAUGAACUUCUAAAAAAGGGUACCAGCUUCAGUUGGUCCGAUAAAUGCCAACGUUCGUUCGAUCGUUUCAAGGAGGUUCUACAGAGUUCAUUGUUAUUGACGCACUACAAUCCACGAUUGAAUAUAGUCGUUUCAGCUGAUGCGUCCAAUGUGGGCAUUGGUGCCCGCAUAGCACAUCGUUUCCCGGACGGUUCGGAGAAGGCUAUAUACCAUGCAUCCAGAAGCCUCACUCCGGCUGAAUCGAAAUAUAGCCAAAUUGAAAAAGAAGCAUUGGCACUUAUAUUUGCUGUGACCAAGUUCCAUAGGAAGGUUUAUGGUCGUCAUUACGUUUUACAAACAGAUCACAAACCGUUAUUAGCUAUAUUUGGAUCAAAACAAGGUAUUCCUGCUUACACUGCCAACCGUUUACAGAGGUGGGCGCUAACUAUGCUAUUAUACGAUUUCAGCAUCGAGUAUACAGCCACGGAUCAUUUCGGACACGCCGAUAUCUUAUCUCGUCUGAUUAAUUCGCAUAUUAAACCCGACGAAGAGUAUGUUAUCGCGUCAAUAGAGCUUGAGUCAAUCAUCUGUAGCAUUGUUAGCGAGUUCGUCGGUUUCUUGCCUGUCACUUAUAGAAUGAUAGCCGAAGAGACCGCGAAGGAUGAUACUCUGCAGAAAGUGAAAACUUACAUAAAAAAUGGUUGGCCCCAAAGCAAGAGCGAAAUCGUAGGCAGUCCCGAGAUUCAGCAGUUUUUUUCUCGGCGAGAUGCGCUUAGUUUAGCUCAGAAGUGUUUAUUGUAUGCAGAGAGAAUUGUGAUACCAAAAAAAUUGCAGAAACGUGUACUUGAACAACUUCAUAAAGGUCAUCCAGGCGUCGAACGUACCCGUUCGUUGGCACGCAAUUUUGUUUAUUGGCCAAACAUCGACGACCAUAUUAAUGAGAUGGUACGUAGUUGUAAUGAGUGCGCCAUGGUAGCAAAGUCAGAUACAAAAACAUCCCUCGAGUCGUGGCCAAUUCCAGAGAAACCGUGGCAAAGGGUACAUAUAGACUAUGCAGGCCCUGUGAACGAUAUGUAUUUCUUGGUUCUGGUGGAUGCACUAUCAAAAUGGCCAGAGGUAGUGGCAACUAAGCGGAUUACCACGUCAGCAACUUUGGCUAUACUUAGAAGUAUUUUCGCCAGGUUUGGCAUGCCGGAAGUUAUGGUAUCGGAUAACGGUACACAGUUUACCAGCGAUCAGCUCGAACGGUUUUGUGAAGUAAACGGUAUCAUACAUCUCAAGACAGCACCCUAUCAUCCGCGAAGCAAUGGACAGGCGGAGAGAUUCGUCGACACAUUUAAACGCGCAGUGAAAAAAAUCCAGGCAGGAGGGGAAGAAUUGCAGGAAGCCAUUGACACAUUUCUUCUCUGUUACCGUUCUACUCCUCGCCGUAGUGCUCCAGAUUCUAAAUCUCCCGGUGAAGUAAUUUUGGGUAGACGGCUUCGCACUUCACUUGAACUUAUCCGGCCACCAAGCAGUUUCAGCAAAUGCCCGGACUCCAUUCAAGAUCAGCAGUAUAAUCUAAAACACGGAGCAAAACCAAAAAGCUUUGAUGUGAAAGACAAGGUGUUCGCCAAAGUGUAUCAAGGUACAAAUUGGAGCUGGGUGGCAGGUGAAAUAGUAGAACGAAUUGGUGCCGUCAUCUAUAACGUAUGGAUUCCUGAACGUCAGCAGCUUUUAAGAUCACACAACAACCAGUUACGAAAACGACAUGGGAACAGCUUAAGCAAUGACACCGUGUCUGAUACUUCGGUACCCUUAGAUCUUUCGUUAAAUGCCUGUGGUAUAAAUUCACUCGAAGAUCAAGUGGAACUCACUUUGGAGGACGUGCCAUUGAACGAGAUACAACGUGAGCUACUACAAGAAGUGUUUGCUAAUGGAGCCGAUGUCCCUACCGCAAUAAACAGAGAGGUUUCUGAGGAGCGACGUUCAACAAGAACCCGGAAGCUUCCCGGGCGUUAUAGACCGUAUCACCUAUACUAA